AUACGCCCGCGCCGCGGCGGGCAAUCCGAUCCCCACAAAACCCCAAUCGCGUCGGCUUCCCCAGCUUUACCCUCUGCUCUGCUGCUUCGCUCCGGCUGCGCGUGCAAAGAAUCGAUCGGAAAAGAUAAGACAUGGGUCAGGUUUUGGGUUUAGUGCAAGUUGAUCAGUCAACUGUCGCCAUCAAAGAAACUUUUGGCAAGUUCAGUGAGGUCCUGGAGCCUGGUUGCCACUUCCUACCCUGGUGCAUAGGGCAGCAGGUUGCUGGUUACCUCUCCCUGCGUGUGCGGCAGCUGGAUGUCCGCUGUGAAACAAAAACAAAGGACAAUGUCUUCGUCACUGUUGUUGCAUCUGUCCAAUACCGUGCGCUUGCUGAUAAAGCAUCUGAUGCCUUCUACAAGCUGAGCAACACCAGGGAACAAAUUCAAUCAUAUGUAUUUGAUGUCAUUAGAGCCACUGUUCCAAAGCUGGAAUUGGAUGACGCAUUUGAGCAGAAGAAUGACAUUGCAAAAGCUGUUGAAGAGGAGCUUGAAAAGGCAAUGUCUACAUAUGGCUAUGAGAUCGUGCAAACUCUGAUUGUUGAUAUUGAGCCUGAUGACCGUGUCAAGAGAGCAAUGAACGAGAUCAAUGCAGCUGCUAGGAUGAGGUUGGCAGCCAGCGAGAAAGCUGAGGCCGAGAAGAUAAUCCAGAUCAAGAAAGCUGAAGGAGAGGCCGAGUCCAAGUACCUGGCUGGUGUGGGUAUUGCAAGGCAGCGUCAGGCCAUUGUGGACGGGCUGAGGGACAGCGUUCUUGCCUUCUCAGAGAACGUCCCUGGCACCACUGCCAAGGAUAUCAUGGACAUGGUCCUGGUCACCCAGUACUUCGACACCAUGAAGGAGAUUGGGGCCUCAUCGAAGUCCUCUUCAGUGUUCAUCCCCCAUGGUCCUGGAGCUGUCAAGGAUGUCGCGGCACAGAUAAGAGAUGGCCUCCUGCAAGCCAGUCAGUGAGAGGGCCCUGAGAAAAGAAAGUAUUGGUUUUGAUUGCAAAAGCAAUGUUGAGGGCACUGGUUAUGUGGUGCUUUAACUUGUGUUAUAUGAUAUAGCUAGACUUGCAUGGUUUGUGAAUGGUCAGUAGGCUUUUAUAUUGAUUGGACCACUUGCGAGUGGAUAUCCUAUAUGUUAGCGUGGAAAGUCCAUUUGGAUCGAACUCGGAGCUUAAUAUUGAAAGUGCAGCUUCUGACAAGAUGUUUGUUGCUGGUGAAA